UACCUCUUUGGGAGCUACCAGAAAUGGGUACGCCCGGUUGAAUAUCUGAACCAGACCAUACGCGUCAAGUUUGGACUAGCCAUCUCCCAGCUAGUUGACGUGGUGCGGUUCAAGAUGCAUUUGUUUUAUCUUAAUAUCUUGAAAUUCAAUAACUAUGAUAUUAAGAAUUAGGCUUCUGCUGUGUUUUCACCACCCAGGAUGAGAAGAACCAGCUGAUGACCACCAAUGUGUGGAUGAAACAGAUUUAGCUAAACUCAUGUCUGUCAUGCAGGAGUGGACCGACAUGAAGCUAAGAUGGGACCCUGAUGACUACCUGGGCAUCACGACUGUACGAGUGCCAUCUGACAGGCUGUGGCUCCCUGAUGUAGUGCUGUAUGAUAAUUCGGAUGGUCGUUUUGAGGGCACCGUCACCAAGGCGGUGGUCAAGUACGACGGAACCGUAUCUUGGACACCCCCUGCCAACUACAAGUCCGCCUGCACCAUCGACGUCACCUUCUUCCCAUUUGACCUGCAGAACUGCUCCAUGAAAUUUGGCUCGUGGACUUACGACGGCUCCCAGGUCGAUGUCCUUCUGGAGGACUUCCAUGUGGACAGGCAGGACUAUUUUGACAACGGCGAGUGGGAAAUUGUGAAGGCCACAGGCAGCCGUGGUUUGAGAGUGGACGGCAGCGCUUCAUACCCCACCAUCACCUACUUCUUCAUCAUCCGCCGGCUGCCUCUCUUCUACACCCUCUUCCUGAUCAUCCCCUGUAUUGGCCUCUCCUUCCUCACCAUCCUGGUCUUCUACCUGCCCUCUAACUGCGGCGAGAAAAUCUCCCUCUGCACCUCAGUGCUGGUGUCGCUAACUGUCUUCCUGCUGGUCAUUGAGGAGAUCAUCCCGUCCUCGUCUAAAGCAAUCCCGCUCAUCGGCGAGUACCUGGUCUUCACGAUGAUCUUCGUCACGCUCUCCAUCGUCAUCACCGUCUUCGCCAUCAACGUCCACCACCGCUCGUCUUCGACGCAUCACAGCAUGGCGCCGUGGGUCCGCAGAAUUUUCCUGCAUCGGCUGCCCAAACUACUGUGCAUGCGCAGCCAUGUGGACCGCUUCAGCACGGGAGGAGCGGUGCCCUCAGGGCAUGUCCUGGGAUUGGGAAAGAUGAAGGACCCUAUCGUUGAGUUCAGCCUCUCACAGACCAGACACAACAUCCAAGCUGCACUGGAUUCUAUCCGCUACAUAACCAUGCAUGUGGUGAAAGAAAAUGAGCUCAGGGAGGUGGUUCAGGACUGGAAGUUUGUUGCCCAGGUUCUGGAUCGAAUGUUCCUUUGGGUGUUCCUGCUGGUGUCUGUCCUGGGCUCAGCUCUUCUCUUCAUCCCGGUUAUCUACAAAUGGGCCUGCAUUAUUGUCCCCAAACAUAUCGGCGGUACCUUCUGAAGACUAGAUGGCAUGAAAGGGAGACAGUGGCGUCAAGAGUUGAUCACACUUUGUAUCCUGUAUUUGGUCGACAGAUGAACUAUAUAUUUAAAAAAGUGGAAAACAAUGUGCAGUAAAAGUUAAGUUAAAAAAAAUGUGAUUCCUCUACAUCCUUCCCAGAAUGAACAUAACUACAGGUCAAUACAAAACUUAUUAUACAGUCCCUCAUUACUUUUUAUAAUCCCCUUUUACCAUGAUGUUCGGAGAUGAUAUUGUGAUCUCCAGUGAAAGCAGCGAGCAGGCGGAGGAACGAUUAGAAAGAUGGAGGUAUGCACUGGAAAGGAGAGGAAGGAAGGAUUACCCGAAGUAAAUCAGAAUAUAUUUGUGUGAAUGAGAGGGGCGGAGGGGGAAGAGUGAAGCCCUAGGGAGAAGAGAUACCGAGGGUGGAUGACUUCAAAUACUUGGGGUCAACAAUACAGAGUAAUGGAGUGUGUGGUAAGGGAGUGAAGAAACGGGUACAAGUGGGGUGGAACAAUUGGCGGAAGGUGUCUGGUGUUCAACGCGACAGAAGAGUCGCCGCUAGGAUGAAGGGCAAAGUUUAUAAAACAGUGGUGAGGCCGGCCAUGAUGUACGGAUUAGAGACGGUGGCACUGAGGAGACAACAGGAAGCAGAACUGGAGGUAGCAGAAAUGAAGAUGCUGAGGUUCUCGCUUGGAGCGAACAGGUUGGAUAAGAUAUGAAAUUAGCUCAUUAGAGGGACAGCCAAUGUUGGAUGUUUUGGAGACAAGGUUAGAGAGAGCAGACUUCGAUGGUUUGGACAAGUUCAUAGGCGAGAGAGUGAAAAUAUUGGUAGAAGGGUGCUCAGGAUGGAGCUGCCAGGCAAAAGAGCGAGAGGAAAACCUAAGUUAAGGUUGAUGGAUGUUGUGAGGGAGGACAUGAAGACUGUGGGUGUUAGAGAGGAGGAUGCACGAGAUAGGUUUAGUUGGAAAAGAUGGCACAUUGUGGCGACCCCUAACAGGACAACCGAAAAGAAAAAGAUUAUCCAUUCCCUCAUUAAAUGAGAAAUAUUGUUCAUUUUUUCCCCCAAACUGGAAAACAGCUCCUAGUUGUCAGAGAUGUACUUUUCAUUUGAAGUACUCCAAAAAUCAACAAUUGUGGCACACUUAAGGCACCCAGCCCUGUUUCAUGCAAGUGAGUUUUCCCUCACCACGUAUCUUAUACUGCUAGGCCAUUGGUUGAUAGUGACAGAAGUUCCGCCAGCUAUCCUUCCUGUCCAUCUUACCAACAAAUCUACUGUAUGUAUAACAGUUGGCUGGAUCUUGCCAGGGUGCAAGCCUAAAUUGUGUAUUCGUGCGUGUGUGUGUGUGUGUGGGGGGGGGGGGGGAUCAUUUUAACCCAUGGAGGCAGACGUCUACUGUGUAAAGUAAGUAUAUGGUGCUUGGGGGCAUUAUUAGGAAUCCUACUUGUGUUCUAGCCAGGACAUGUCCCUGCUGCAACACCGUAUAAUAAUUAGUGAACGCCUUGUUCAGCAUACGGCCAUGAUGCCCUGAGAACGCCCGAUCUUGUCAGAUCUCAGAAGCUAAGCAGGUUUGGCCCUGGUUAGUACUUGGAUGGGAAUACCGGGUGCUGUAAACUUAUCUUCCCGGCUAAAUGCGCAGGGGUUGCAUCAGGAAGGGCAUAAGGCGUAAAACUGUGCCAAACAAAAUAUGCGUUCAUCUAAGAUGACACGCUGUGGCGACCCUUAAUGCGACAAGCCGAAAGGAAA